ACAAUCAGAUUUUUGUGUGUAUGAAGCAUCCUGUAGAACGCGCAGCCUCUCUUCGAUUGGCUUCACAUCUCCCCUCGUAGCUCGUAGCAACGUGCCUGUCGUGUCGUAGACUUGCUACAGAGCGGACGUAACGCUGUAGCACUCGCGUAGACCUUGACACAAAUAAGCACUGUUCCACGCGAAUUUGUUUCGUUUGUGAAAAACACCAAAAACACGAAUAUUUCCGUGUCUGUGUUUGUGAUUGUAUGCAGAUAAGAUUUGUAACCGGAAAUGUGCUGACAGGGGUAAACAAAAUGGCCGACGCAUUGAUAGUAUUGGCGCUUUGCUUUUCAACUGCGACCGCAGCGAAAUGUACAACUGGCUUCUCAGUGGUAGCCCCAGAGGUAGCUGUACCAGGCAAGACAACAGCAGUGCUUGUCACACUACACGGCAGAGAGGGCGCCGAUUUGGAUCCCCUAAAUGUCACUGUCAAGUUGGAAACUCGAGACACUCAUAAUGACGUUAAAUUACUGAUGACAGCCAGUCAAAUGAUAACAGGUUACGGCAUCAUUCCACUCAAGAUUCCUUUAUCGCCAGCAUCACACUGCACUCUUCACACGACAGUAGGCUGUGUCGGCAUCGAAGAUUGUACUGCCAAAAGCCAUAGUGUUAUCAAGCUACUGGGACCUGUGCGUGAUGUAAUCGUCAGACCUGCUCGACACCAUUAUAGACCUGGGGAGACCAUUACGUUCUGGAUAUUGGCGUUAGACCACGACCUGCGUUUGGUGCGAAAUGAACUUGCGUACGUCGCAUUGAAGAACCCGGCCGGCACCAAAGUGGCAAUAUGGGAGCAGUUGUCUUUGGAUGAGGGUGUUCGAAAAGUGACAGCCAUCAUUGCGGCGGGCGCCCAAGCAGGAACUUGGACAAUUGAAGCAAACUGCGGUGGUGGUUCAGCGCAUGUGGAACUAUCCGUUGGGUCUGGACCAGGCGCCACGACACCAGCGACACCUGCAGCGGAACAACACUCUGUAGAACUUAAGUUUGCUGACAGUAUGCGACGUAGAUACAAACCUGGAUUACCAUUUGUUGGAAGGGUAGAAGCAGUGAGUACAGAGAAGCGAGUUCGAGUCAGGGUGAAGUUAUACGAUGACGAAACUGAUAUAUACAGCCAGGAUAUCGACAUGUCUACCGGUGAGGGUGGAUUUAUUGUACCCACUGUCAUGGCCGAUGCACCGUUUGUUAAUUUACAGGCCGAGUUAGUAGCGGUGGAGGGAAAGGAAAUAGAAUCUCACUACGUUCUAGCGCGAGAACGAAUUCGUCGCUGGAAUUCAACGUCUAAGUGUUAUCUGCUUGUGGAAAACUUACCAACUCCAUUACAAGCUGGAGGAAUAGCAAGCGCCAGUGUUUGGUCGUCUUGUGGUUGUCGGCAGCGCCUCCUAGCGGCGGUAACAAGCGGAGGUCGUGCUGUACACUGGGCGGCUGUACCAGCACCCACACGAAACCAUAGCGAUCUUUGCCGAUUUAACUAUACAUUCCCCGUGACAGCUGACAUGGCGCCAGUUAGCUCUCUACUCGUCUACUACGUUACAGAAAGCGGCGAACCAGUCAGUGAUGUGGCCAGUUUUCACGUGAAGCUUCUGCAUAAAGAGGUGGCAGUGGCAGUUGAGGAAAGACGAUGGUGGUAUCCAAGGGCCAGUCUCCAGCUAAGAGUAUUGGCACCCCCCGACUCCAUGAUGUGCUUAAUUGGAGCUCGCACGCCAACUGAUUCCCGGUUCGAUGGACAUUCUUCUUCAUCAGAACCCGAAGAUCUACCAGGACCGGAGUUCGUAUCAGCUGGCGUGUCACUUUUCGUGGGUGGUGGCGACUGUGGAGGUGGCGUCUUAUACCGACAGAGAACACCCCAAGUGCGGUCACCAGCUCAUCUAGUACCACCAGCCACGCAUGACAGACUCUGGAUGUGGAAGUGCUUUAAUUACACGACUCAGCUAUCGACUGAUGGCGUCACAAUCACGGCCCCAUCGGAAGCCGGUCGCUGGUCACUUUGGGCACUAUCUCUUUCGAGUCGAGGUCUUCGAUUUUCUGCUCCAAAGACCAUCAACGUCUUCCGGCCUAUACAACUGGACUUCGCCCUCCCUCCAGCCCUAAAAGUCGGCGAAACUGUCGAAGUGGAUGUGAAGAUAACAAAUAAUAUUAACAAUUGUAUGGAUGUUACCGCGCUUUUAGCACUAAGUGCUGGAGCUGCGUUUGCCAGUACUGGGGCUCUUUACGUUACCGAAAGACUUCGGUUGGGACCUCGCGGCGGCACCCAACUUGUAGUAAGAGUUGCUGUUAAUACACCUGGAAGAAAGAAUAUUACGGUUGAAGUAACCGGAUAUAGUGCUGACAACUGUUCAGUCUCCUAUACGUCCUUCAACAAUGAAACACUUGUGGGCUCUGUCAUACGAUCAGCCAGUGUUCUGGUCUUGCCAGAAGGUCUGCAUAGAAGCGAUACGCAGAGUGCAUACUUCUGUGCUAAUGAACAUCUGGCUGUAUCAUCUCGUGGUUCAUGGGAGUGGCAAUGGGUGGCCGCACCGAGGAACCGGGCAGGGUUAGUCCUUGAACUGAGAGCUCAAGGCUCUGCUCAUGUGGCGUUGUCUACUAUACAGGAAGCAUCUGACGAUAUGUAUCGCGUCGUAUUUGAGAGGAGCCGCGUCUGGAUCGCUAAAGGAAAACAUGGUUAUGAUGUCCACCUAGCAAGAGCUGAACAGACAGAAACAGACGACGAAUGUUCUGAAACGUCCUGGUGUGCGUUUUGGGUUUGGUGGGAAGGGGGCAGACUCUCGGUCGGGAAAGGAGCGUCGCCAAAUGAAAGGCCAUUACUCGUGUGGCCUUUGCCUAAUGAUAUGCGGAUUAAAUAUGUCGGAUUCAGUGCUUUGUGGGGUGAUAAGGCUGAUUUCAGAAUAUGGAACUUCAACGAAGAAGCCGGCUUCUCCCAAGUAUUGGAGCUAGGUCUCCCACACGGCGUUGUCCCUGGUUCAGCAUCUGGCACUCUUCUUGUUUCUGGAGGUCUACAUCUUCCUCUGUACAGCCAAUCAGACUCAUCCGACCAAUGGGCUGUUGUGUGGAAGGAUUCACAAUUGUCAGCUGCUUCAGCAAGCUUAGCGCCAUUAUUGGCUCUAGAGCACAUUCCACACUUGGUAGAAGAUGAGGAGAAAGAGAGGAUUUUGCAAAAACUACCUGAACAGGUCCAAAUCUUGCUAUCGUUCCGCAAAAGCGACAAUUCCUUCAGCGACCAUCCAUCAGUCAGCAGUCACGUAUCUACAGUGAAAAUCCUAGAAAUUCUCAACAAAAUACAAUCCUACUACCCGAUAGAUCCUAAUUUACUACAUUCUAUCAAAACUUGGGUACAAAAGCGCCAAAAACCAGAUGGCUCGUUUACUCCUUUAGCAGCUGAUAAAGAAGUAGAUUAUUAUCCGGUUGAGUUCAAAUUAAACGAAACUGAUGUGAACGAAUAUUAUUACGAUAAAGAUGGCAAUAUGACAGAAGAUGAAAUUAACGCUGAGAGGACUGUUGAAGUGACCGCCGAGACUUUGGUGGCGUUGCUUGAGAUUGGUGUUGAAAAUCAGUUAGACGCAGAUGUAGCACAAAAGGCUCAGAGAUACUUGGAAAAGAAUCUGCACAAACUGACGUCACCAGCCGCGCUUGCCGCUACAGUACUAGCUUUAGUUCUGGCCAGGAGUCCAAUAGUACCAGAAGCUCUAAUAAUUCUAAGAAACGCUUCGACGACUGCGGAAGGUGAGUUUGGAUGGCCACCGCCACGGAAGGACGCCGCUGAUUGGUUACUCGAAGAAACCUCCAGGAACAUCAAGACUACUUCAUAUGAAGCUGUAUCAAUGGAGCAAUAUGUAGCGGGUGUGAGAGUGUUGUUAACUGCGUGCGCACGUGGCGCACUAGCAGAAGGAGAAGCGGCUGCCCGGUUCCUCUACUACAGAGCUUCUACCCUCCAACGACAUCCCAGCCUCGCCUAUAUCGCCACUAAGGCCGCUGCGCAAUAUGCUGCGCUUGCGCACGACCGACAUCGGGCUCUAACCGUAUCAUUGGCUACGGCGGGAAUGGAACUGACUGACACCUUGGAACUACGAGCUAAGACUCCACCAAGGCCCCUUCAACUUCCUGGUCUUCCCACCAAAGUGUUUGUUUACGCCACUGGAGCUGGAUGUGCUACUGUACAGGGCACAAUUUCCUAUUCGACAUACGCACCGAAACCAGAAAAUGCAUUGCUAAAUAUUCAAACGGCAAUCAUUGAAGAGAUUCGACCAGAGAGAAGCAGCAUCGAAGAUCUACAAGGAAAUCUGCCAACCUUGAUUAUUAAGACUUGUUUUAAGUGGAAGGCCAAAGAGCCUUCUGGAAUAUUACGCGUGGAAGUAUCCCUUUUCUCGGGGUACACACUUACCUCAGUGAACCCGGUAGUACUGGCUGGAGCCACCUUCGCGGAACUUCACUACGGCUCACGCGGGGAGGCAGUUUGGUUCGUCUUCAAUAAUAUCAGCUCAACAUGCCCCAUCUGUGUGACUUAUGAAGCGCGAUCAAAAUUCAUCAUAACAAGCCUUAGACCUGCAUUUGCGAAGAUUUAUCCAUCAUCUAGGCCAGAUCUCGCUGUGGAAACUUUCUUCCACGCGAACCCCGGAAGUCCACUCCUUAGAGGCAUCACUGAUGACGAUUUUAUAACUUGGUUUGACAAAAAUGGUAAAACAAGUACUAAUAUUGAUAAUAUUUGCGAAUGUGGGAGAAUUUGUAGUAGAGACUAUGAGUUUAGGAAACCUAAAAGUGACAAUGCCACGAAUGCUACAACUGAAGAAAAUGUUCAGACAACUGAAACAUUUACUACGCAAAGUGCAACAACGGAAAGUAUAACAAUGAAAAGUGUAACAACGAAACUUGUAACUAUGGAAAAUGCAGCAACGGAAAGUAUAACAAUGGACAGUGUAACUACAGAAAGUGCAACAACGGAAAGCAUAACAACGGACAGUGCAACAACGGCAAUGGAAGAUGUAACUUAUAUCGCGAAUAAUGACGUAACUACGACUCAAACUACAAAAAAUGAAACUCCACAUAAUAUUUUUACUAAUUUAACUUUAGAAAAUCCUGAAGCUACUACUGAUAUAGUUAAUGUAAAUACUGUUGCUAAUGUAACAGAAAAACAAGAAACUACUGUUUUCAAAAAUGAUGUCCAUAUUAAAAUCUCAAUAUUAAAGAAUUCUACUGAGAAACAAAUAAACAAUAAUCUCGAACCGCAUUUACUUAGUAAAGACCUCGUGAACAAGAUUUCCAAAUCAAAACUCUACUCGAAAAAAUUGGAUAUAAAAAAGAAACCUUUACCAAGAAGGAAAGGUACUUUAAAAGCAACUUACGGAGAUAAGCAAGAUAAAUACUUUUCCAAAAUUAUAACAACCGAUAAUCCUAACACAACCACUAUUUUAACAAAUAUUAAUCAAAUUAAUAAUAAUACACAAAACAUUCAUAUUGAAACAACCUCGGAAAGAAAUAACGUAACAACCUCUCAAACAGUUAGUUCACCUACGUCACGCCUAGAAACAUCUACAAUAGCUCACACGAUAACAGCAAUCACGAAGAGCAAUAUAAAAACAAUACAUUACAAAACAAAAAAACCAAAAGCCCGUACACAAAUACAAAAACCAAACGUGACAAACAACCAAACGCUCAAAAUAAAAACGGACGAAAACAAAACAAAAAUUGAUAAAAUAAAACCAUUAAAGUCAAUUAACAAAGAGAUACACAAAAUACCAUCAACGCCGAUUUCUGAGACGUCAAAAGUUUUGAGUAGUCUUAAAUCAGAAAGUGUACCAGAAAAUAAAGAUGGUUUCGAAAUACUUGACAAAAAUCAUCUUUGGGAGUUGCUUAAGGAAGACCCAGAUGAUAUGAAAAUUGAUAAAAAUAUCGUGAAGGUGUCAAAUUUAAACGAAAAUCGGUCAUUAUAAGCUUUGGUAGAUUAAGAAUUCUUAUUUUUGAAAACGAUCUAAUUUGAUUGUUUGACUAAAUUAAAAUACAGGACAUCUUUCGUAUUCAUUCGUUUAAUUUAUUGCGCUAAGAUUGGUGCAACAGUUUUGGUACUACUUUUGAUACUUCUAAACAGAAAGUUUGCUUUAAUAUACAUAUUUGGUGUUUUAUUUGAUACUAAAGCUAGGCUAGGCUAGAUUAGUAUUGUAAGUUCACUUUGGCAGCCUGGUCCGGAAAUCGUAAUGCGCUCAUUAUUCUCAGUAUUCUCAAUCAAUGGUUUUUCAAACAACAGUUUCCUAUUCACAUAAAUUCCUUAGCACAUUUAUUUGUUAGGAUCGUAUGCACUCAUAUUGUAAAUAUAUAUUAAGAUUAACUGAAAUAAAUGUGCUGUGACGUACGAUAGAUGUGUAAUUAAAGUAAUCUUUAAGAUUGACAUUUUUUUUAACGACUGAUCACUCAAAGUUACCUCGUUCAGUGGAGUUUGUAAACAUAUAGUUUACAAUUUAUUUAACCAAUUCAGCAAAAAUAGUGGCGAUGCAGUAGAAAAGGUAAGCUUCAAGCUUCAGGCGUAGUUCAAGUUAGAAAAGCUAGAUAUACAAAUAAAAAAUAAAGUUAAUAAAAUUUGGUAUCUUGUGCCCAUUUGUGUGUCUUAAAGUGUGAAAUAUCUCGGAUCAAUACGAUGACACGCUCUGCAUCAAUUUCUAACCAGAAAACUUUUUUUAAGUACGUUUAACGUUUUUAGGAUUUAUUAUUUCGCGUUUAGAUUCGGACUUAAUUGUCCAAAGGUUGUAAAGUUAGUCCUAAGUUGUAAAUAUCAUCCAAAAAGAUGCCAAAAAUCUUUUCUUUAGAUUGUGUAACCCUUCGUAGUCCCUUAGGAUUGUAGCGUUCUAGUGUGUAAUGCGAGUGCCCCAGAAUUUCCAUCCGUCUAUACUAUUCUUCUAUCUAUUAUACUUAAAUCGUAGUUACCGGCGUUCUAUACAAAGGCGUGUUGACAAGGUAUAACCUUUAUUUCUGGAAUACAUAAAAACAAAAUCUGUUUAUAACUCAGACAAAACUGGAACAUGACAGUUGCUGCUUCAUUUUUAGUCCCCAAUUUUGUUGUCAUUACGAAGUUUUAAACUAAGGUAUCUUCACUUGGAUUAUACGGUGCUUUAUCCAGAGUAUUAUUAACUAUUUCCUUUUUUUUUUUAAAACUUCUCAACAUAUAUAUCUACCCAGUGUUAGCUGUUUUGCUUUGUAACACGCCUUUGUCUUUGCCGCCUUACGUAGAUUUCCUAGAUGAUUUUUUUCUUCAUUUAGAUUCAUCAUUACCCUAAUAGUAUCUUCACUAGGUUAUCAUCCAUCCUCUUAGUUCAUUUAUUAGAACUAGAUUUGUCGAAUGCUAGAAUUAAUAGUAGUAUCUUUAUUAUAAUUUAACAACUCUAUGACCUGGCUCAUUUUAAUUCAAUUUGGCAAUCAUCUAAAAAUGUGCUAUUUUUCAUUAACUUUAAACCUACGUGUUAAAUAACGAAAGUAUGACCCUACAGAAGUUUUUACUAAACCAAAAUCAGUGAAAAUUCUUGUUAAAUCUCUUUUGUCAAAAUAACUGUAAUUCUUAGAAGUGUAAGAGUAAUGUAAGGGUUGUUUUGUAAUGUAAAUGUACGGUUGUAUCGUCAUAGGUGCUUGUGCGGAGUUCGUCAAUUUCAAAUGUAAAUUACCUUUGGAUCGCAACUGAAUAUAGUUUUAAAAUAAUUUUAUGCUUACAAUUAAGCUAGACAUUAAUUGUAAU